AAGAGGAAGAGCAGACGACUUCUCCUUCGAAGCUCAAGUUCCCAAUGUCCAUGGGGAGCGAGAGGAAGAUCUCGGUGGAUCCCCUCUCCUUGAAGCUUGUCGCCGAGGACGGAGGAGCUCCUCCGGCCGUCGACUCGCCCCUGUUCUUGCUUCCGCCGCUCGCGCAGCCCGAUCUCUUCAGCGGCAGCCUCCAAGGAGGCUCCUUUAAAUCGCCUAACUUGGCGCAGCAGCGGCACCACCUCGCGGCCGUCACCAGCCUCGGUCGGCAGCACUCCCUCGCUCUCUCCCGCUUCGCCGCCGAGCAGAGGGCGGCGCUUUGCCGGAGCAAGUCGUGCGGCGAGGGGCGGUCCUCCGUGCCUUCCGACGGCUUCAUUGACAUUUUGUCGAGCAGAGAGAGCGCCGCUCGAGUGGCCCCCGGUCGCCAGCAGAGCCACUCUGUGGGCUCGGGGGAACCACGAGCGGCGCAGCGGGUGAAAUGUGGGUGCUUGUUCUUGCCCGGUUUGUCCCACAAGAAGAAGCAAAUGAGCCUCCGGAAUCGAAGCCAAAUGGAGGAAGAAGGAGAAGACGAAGAGGAGGAGGAGGAGGAAGUAGAAGUCAUGGACGCGAGCCACGUGUCGAGGACGGUCUCCCUUGAGAAAUUCGAGAACGCGUCGUGGAAUUCGUCGUCGCCGGUUUCUGGAAGUCCCAGAGGCUCCUUAUUCCACUUUCCGACUGAGCUGUUGCUGAUCGGCCGCAGCGAAACGAAUUCGCCGGUGAGGGCGGCGUUCGUGUUCGACGGCGGCGCCGGGAACGCGAAUACCGUACUGAAGCGGAGCUUGUCAAGGUUGGGGUCGAGCAAGUCGCAAGGGGCUCUUCUGUCGAACCGCCACGUGAGGUUCACGGCGACGGCGUCGCCCGUUUCAGAGCCGGCGUCGCCGUCGUCUGCUCCCAUAACGCCGCGGUUGCAGAAGGCAAGAGAGGAAUUUGAUGCGUAUUUAGAAGCACAAUGCGCAUAGGAUACAAAUCUUUGAAGAUACGUAUUUACUUUUUCUCCAUUUUAUA